GGUUCUCCGCGGCUGCUGCGUACAUCCUCAUGCUCCUCGACCCUCCUCCCCCCCUCCCCGCUCUAUCCGACUUCGAAGACUCUUCUGGCUUCGGCCUCGAACAGGACGUCCCAAAGCCCUUGUCGAGCGACCCCCGACGCCCAACGAAGCCAUGGCUGCCGCGCGCGUGCUGGUGUUCUGCGCUGCCCUCCUCGCGGCCGCGCGCGGGGCACGCCUGGGCAACAAGACGGCCGCGGUGGUCGCUUCUGGCCACAAGAAGGCCGCGGUGGUAAGCUCUGCGGAGGUGCACCGCGUGCUCGACGUGUGCCACAGUGCCUGCGGCCAGGGCGUGGACGUGAGCUGCGUGCCCAGCUGCCAGGACGAGGUGCACGCCUGUGGGACGACUGCUGGUCAGGGUGCCCCCUGCGAGAAGAAGGCCGUCGCCAAGUUCGCCAACUUCCGCGCCGCGUGGGAGAAGGAGCACCCCCACUCCUUCAUGAAGGUCGCGACCUCGGCCCUGCGCCGAAAGGUGGAGACGGGGUGCGAGGACGCCUGCGGUCCGUUCGCGGAUUCACACUGCUUCACCGAGUGCGAGACGAUGAUGUUCCGAUGCAUGUGCAUGGAGGAGGAUAUCGCCGAGAAGAAGGUGGCGUGUGACAAGUGUGAGAGCGAGGUCUUGGCCAAGGCAAAGACCUUCGACGAGAGGCACCAUGAUACCAAGCUGUUCCCAUCCCGAAACCCCUUUCCCGUCGCAUGGAGCGCGCCGGGUGCGGGGAGUGGGGUGCAGGGCCGACCCGGGAACCGCGCGGAGCUCCUUGUGGUUAUGUCUCUUUUUUCCCGGAAAGGGCAUGGGCCCAGGGUUCUCUUUUAGUAGGUAAACCUGUCCCCCGGUGCCAACUUGAGGGAGGCCGGCGAAUUUUUUCCCUGAUA